AUGGAUGCACUCAAGAGUAUGCUCUCCCCACUGGGGGUGGGCAGUGCUAACGCAAUACAAGACACUCUCAAACUUGUUGUCAUCGGCGGGACUGUCGAGACUGCCAGAAGAGCUUCAGCAGGAGCAUGGCAUACGUUUAUUGAUUCUUUCUUCUUGACGGCCCAUUUUAGCCAGGAAGACUAUCCAUAUGACUGGCUUAUGCACUGGCUUUCGAAGCAACCGGCAUGGGGACGCAGUCGUGAAUUUGAAAUUACCACCAGGACUGUCGGUCGCAAUGGUCUCACGCAGUCAACGACGGGUGAUCUAGAGGAGGAAGACGAAGAGGAGGAAGAUGAGGACGCUCUCGUACACGGACGUCGCAAACGCAAAGUGGCGUUCAUGCCAAGUAUAGAUACGACUCACACCAUUUAUUACCGUGGCCACUGGCUUCGGAUAACCAGGACUAAGCGCUACCCGGACUACGGCCAUGGCUCAGCUCUGAAAAUUAGUGUGAUCGCUCGCAAUAACGACAUUCUGAAGAAGCUCGUUCUCGAGGCCAAGCGCGAGUAUGAGAAGGAUGCCGAACAUCGCGUCCAUAUCUUCAUGGCCGAUACGACAUAUGGCUGUUGGCGUUGGAACGGAGCUCGUCAGAAGCGCCCUAUGAGUUCCAUUGUGUUGCAGCCAGGCGUCAAAGACAUGCUCUUGGCUGAUUGCAAGGAUUUCCUAUGUUCUGAGGACUGGUAUGCUGAAAGAGGUAUACCGUUCCGCCGUGGAUAUCUGUUGCACGGUGUUCCUGGAAGCGGCAAGACGUCAUUGAUACAUUCGUUGGCGGGUGAAUUAGGGCUGGAUAUCUACGUUGUCAGCUUGUCAUCAAAGGGGAUGAGUGAUAAUACACUGACAACAUUGAUGGGUCAUGUACCAUCCAGAUGUAUUUUGCUUCUUGAAGAUCUGGACGCCGCGUUCACGCGCUCCGUCAGUCGUGAUUCAUCAUCAACUGGUGCUCCCACAGCAUCUAGCACCAAUAGCACUACCGCUGAGACUAACGAUGGAUCAACAUUGAGCUUGAGUGGACUUUUGAACAGCCUUGAUGGGGUCGCAGCUGCAGAAGGCCGACUCCUUUUUGCUACGACUAACCAUAUUGAGCGCCUUGAUCCAGCCCUUAGUCGCCCAGGCCGCAUGGAUGUCUGGGUGAAUUUCACACAUGCGACAAAAUGGCAAGCCGAGGGCAUUUUCAAGUGUUUCUUCCCCUCCAAGCCCGCUGGUGCCGCAACUGCACCUCCAUCUGAAGAGUCGUCCGAGGACGUUGACACUUCGCAGAAAAACCUCCCCCUGCCCAAGCGCAAGGCGCCCAGUCACACUAUUCCUGUGCUUGAUGAGACUGAAAUUUCUGAGCUUGCUAAGCGUUUCGCAGAUGCUAUCCCCGAAAACGAGCUAAGCGUCGCCGCCCUGCAAGGUUACUUGUUAAAGAACAAGGUUCGCCCCAGCGAAUGCGUUGAUGAAGUCGCGCAGUGGGUCAUUGAGGAACGCGAGACACGGGAGAAGCUCAAGAAAGAGAAGGCCGAACGCGAGGCCAAGGAGAAGAAGGAAGCCGAGGAGAAAGAACGCAAGGAGAAAGAAGAGAAGGUCGCCAAAGAGCAAGAAGAAAAGGAGGCAAAAGAGAAGACCGAGAGGAAAGAGCGUGCGAAAACCAAAAAGGCUCACCGCGCCGAGACUGCCUUAAAGUUGGAGGGUGCCUCCAGCAGCACCAUUUCGCUGACUACGACCGAACCAGUCGUUGUCCUGAGCACCGCUGAAUCGUCAAGCUCUGAAUCGGACAGCAGCAACGGCGGUAUUGAGGCCGACACUGAGGAAAGCAUAACCUCAGAGGAGGAACCCGACAAGGCCGCCGAUAAUGCGGGAUCUGGUGAUUCCGCUGUCAAAGAUAGCAACCAUUCUAAGGAGAAAUGGGUCGCUGUGAAGGCUGACUCAUGA